CUGUCCUGGAAAUGCACUCUAAGCCCUUUCUGCUGGAGGAACUUAAUUCUCUGAAAAUACACAGCUCUUACAGACGCUCUUGUUUGAAAACCAGUGUCUAUGUGAAGGACUUUAAAAGUUAGGCAUGAGAAGGGCAUUGCAGUGGAUAGUCAUAAGGAGCACACUGGGAAUUUUAAGAAUCUGAACAUCUCUUACCGGGUACUGGCCUCCUGGAAUUGCCUUCAGACUGAAUUUGAGAACAAAGCUGACUUGUGCUCAUUCAAAUCUACAAAGAAUGCUGAAGAUUUUGAGGAUAUUCCUUUGCCAAAUGGCAAUGAAUUUCUCCUGUCAUAUUGUCAAAGCCAACCUAUGCCUUGGAGGUCAAGAUAUUUUUGCUGCAGUUAAAGAAAACAGCCCCAAUGGAGAAUUCAUUGCAAACCUAAGCAUUAUUGGGGACCCUGGAGCCAAUAGCAUUCGUUUGUGCCUCACUGGAGACAAUGCAGAUUGGUUUUAUCUAGAGAGCAAAACCAUCAGGUUAAACACAUCUUCCACAAGAGUACUGGAUCGGGAGGUUCAGGGAUCUGUCUUGAUGGCCUCCUUAACUUGCUAUGAAGAUGACACAAUACAGAGUGUGUACAGAAUUAUGGUUGAGAUCUUAAAUGAAAAUGACAACAGACCAAAAUUCCUUGAGCACUCUAUUACAACAUACAAUAUAAGUGAGCUGACUGCUGUGAAUACUGUCCUAUUUACAGUGCAAGCUAAAGAUGCAGAUGAUGAUACCAUAAUGUAUGUUAUUGACCCAGCAAUGCCUGAUGCCAGCUACUUCAGGAUUGACCUGCCCAACAGUGGGAGAGUGGUCCUGGCCAAGCCUCUGGACUAUGAAACAAAAGCCCAGCUACAGUUUCUAAUUUUUGCAGUGGAAAUGAACACUAAGCAAAAGCACAAUGCUUCAGCCACCAUCAAAAUCAAUGUUUUGGAUGGAGAUGAUCAGUAUCCACAGUUUCUUCCAUGUAUUCUCUUAUCCCAAGACCAAUCCAGAUCAGUGUGCACAAACCCUAUUUAUACAGUCAACAUCACAGAAAAAGAGCAGGAUAUCACUCUGCAUUUUUUUCCUGGUCCAAUUCAUGCUGAGGAUGGAGAUAAAGGCCUGAGAACGCAAUUAUCAUAUGCUAUUUUAUCAGGUGCUGAUAAUGGCAGGUUCCAAAUAAACAAUGUAACAGGGGAAAUUUUUAUGACAAGACCUGUGGAAAACAGGCUGCUGACACCAAACCUCAGACUUCGAAUUAUGGCUGCUCAGGUAGAUGACCCAAAAAAGUACACAGUGGCCACAGCACUGAUCAGAGUGUUGGCUGUGAACCAGUAUCCACCACAAUUCAACAGAACAACCUACAAGGGAUUCAUAAUAGAAAACAUCAGCCCUGUAACUUUCGUAUCAACAUAUGGAAAUACAGUUCUUGUCAUCCAGGCCUAUGAUCGGGAUUUCAGAGAUGGAGUAAAUCCUAGAAUCCAUUAUACUCUGAAGCCAAAAUCAAACAACACUAGACUUUAUCAGAUCACACAAGAGGGAUUUCUAAUUGCCAAAACUGAUGUACUCCGUGCAUUUGAAAAACAUUUUCUGGAGGUAGUUGCUACAGAUCAAGAAUCAGGAGAAACUGUGAAAGCCUCAAUUGAUAUUGAAGUUCUUCAGAAAGGUCAACAAGUUCCAUUGAGUCCCUUCAGUGGAAGAGAAAAACUGUACAGCAUGAUGAACAUGAACGUACUUGGAGGAAGCAUGGGAGUAGCACUGCUUCUCCUGAUAUUUGCUCUCUGUGUGUUUCUUCGGAUUGCAAAAAAUCGAAGACAGCAUCAACACACUGCAGACAGAGCUUCGGUUGCACUGGAAAAACACCCAAAUGUGAGCUUAAGGUGGUUCCAGUUGGUGAACCCUGGAAGACCCAUGCCUCUGGUUGAGGAAAUCUCCUACCAAAACGAAGGGUACUGUGACUUGGGUGAAGAAGAGACAGCGUCAAACAUCCAUGGCAAACAGGGGGUUUACGUUAAGAAGGAAGACAAUAUAAAUGUCAAAACAUGUAACAAACAAAAGGAAUUUUUAAAAUUUCCAAAAGAUACAGUACAUUCACAUAAGAGGCCUGCACAAGAAUCCGAAAGCACGUCAUCAUCUAUUGUGUCCAAUGGAAGAACUACAGAGCGAUCUGGCUGUAAAUCCGUUUGGUUUAAUGAUGAUAUGAUAGUUAAGGAACAUGAUUCUACCACCAAUCAAAAUCCUGAUGAUAGUACUCAAGAAGCUAACCUUCAAAUGGAGAAAACAAAUUCCCAGAUGGCCAAUGAUGAACCAUCUGCACAAGACCAGUCUGACAAUGGGAUGUGUGAAAAAGAGAAGACAUUGGCGGAAGGAAGUACAGGAGAGAAGCAUGACACAUCUGAGUCACAGGAUGAUGACAGUCUCCUAAAAGACUUAGAGGAACAUCACGACUGUGCUGAGGAAGUGCUGGAAAACCCUUAUAAAAACAUGUGCCCUGCGAUUUGUGUUAUGGGUGACAAAGUAGGUACCACUGAAGAUGAGCACAGCAAUGGAACAAACUCUAAUGAUGACCUGCAGUUAGAAGACCCAGAAACAGGUCAAACAGAAACAGAGGCUGAAGCUUUUUUACAUUGUGGAAACCCUCCAACACAUAAUGAUGAAACAGUGUCAUCAACUGCAGAAAAUGAAUCUGUGACAAAAGGUAGCAAGGCACAGAAUCUGGACUACGACAGCACAACACAAACAGGGCUUUUGUUUUUCGUAGAAGAUUCCAUAGAAUUCUAAGAGUUUUGAUAAUGUUGAGCUGAAGCCAAAAGUACUGUGUUUACAGAAAAUCAUUUCAAAUAUAUUUGAGCACUUUUUAAAAAUGAAUAAUGAUCCUCCAAAUAAAAUAUUUUGAUUAAAAAUGAAUACACAAUUACCUCUUUUUAUGAGUUCUUAUGUAUUUGCCACUCAAAAAUUGCUAAAGAAAUUUGAUCGUUUCCAAAGAAACUUGUGUCUUGUCGGAAAUUAUUUUUGAGAUGUGAACAGCCUUAAUAUAUUUUAUGUCUGAGCAGGACAUUAAAUGUCAUUGCAAUGAUGAAAGAGUGACAUUAAAUGAAAUGAUAUCGGAAGUAUACACAGUGCUAUGAUAGAGCCUUUGUGAUAAGAAGUUUCUAAUGUCUCCUUUGUUGUUUAUUUCAACUGUAUGGAAAUUUAUUAUUUAGUCAUCCACACCUUAUUUUAUUGAUAUAGAUUACCAUCAAAUCACUAGGUUUGCCUCCAAAAGAUUGUUUAACUUUAUUAAUAACAACUGUGAUGUGAUAUGAAUGUAAUAAAGAAUACAU